UCAAAAUAAUUCAAGAUGGCGAGCUACGGUUCAGCAAAAGCUGUGGCAGUCGUUCCUGUUAUCGUUGUAACGGCCGUAUGGGUCAUUGUAGGUGGUGUUAUUCCUUUCUUUAUCAAAGGACAGAAUAAGAGGUAAUAGGGCAAGGGUAAAGUAGUCUUCAAGUUGCUAGAAUAAUGCUACUGAGCUUAAUGUAAUCUCAAUAUGUAGUUUUCUCGUACUCAGCGUACUUCAUGAAGGAGAUGAUAAUUUAAGAACACUUUUUGUAACUAAUGGGGAGCGUGGAAAACAAGACUUGUUCACAAAAAUUUUGUAAAAAAGGUUGAGUUGCCUCUGAUAGAUUUUCUGUGGAUUUGAAGGCUAAACUGUCAUCAUCAUUUUUAUUUGAUACAAACAAAAUGAAAAGUAGCUAGGUUGAGUUUGAUCAUCCGGGUGAACGUAGUCCUGGAUAGGUUUGUUGUUGUUGACAGUGACUGGCGUUUCAAAAACCUGUGCGGUAGUCCAGGUUGUUGAGUACCUGUGCGGUAGUCCAGGUUGUCGGUACUUGAGCUAGCAAGUUAUACAUAUAAGGCUGCUUGAAAUACAGGGCUUGAAAUAAUUUCCCGGCUUGUCUGGAAAAUUUUCAACCAAUCAGAAGCUCUAUAUGUACCAAGGUCUGGGUAGUGAGACAUCACCAGCAUCAAUAUGCAAUUUCUGCGCUUGCAUCUUAGACAUCAAUAUGAGGGGAAACUGUUGGAUGCAUCGCCAAGUGUCAGCUGUCCUCUCUGGCUAUCCAGAGAAUUGAUCUGGCCGCCCUAAUUUGGGUACGCUGGAGGACGAAUCGGUUAGUCUCGAAUAGGUGAAUUGGGACAUUCGGGGUUAUAGGUGUUUUUUUAAGAGGUUUGACUAGAGAUAUGUAAAGGAAUGUCUUAAUCAACCCUCUUAUUGAUAAAAGGUCAGAGAUUUUCCCUUUGUGAUCAUUUGAUUAAUUCUCAUAGGUGUUGCACUUGACAAUCUAUGGAUAUUGUUAGGAGAAAAUUGAUGUUGGUUACUAUUGGGACUUAAAGGGUUAAGCGAACUGUGUGCAGGGUUUAACAAAAGUGCUGUCUGCCAGGAGCAACCUGUCAAGCAGCAUGGUUUAAAAAGACGCUCUAAAAGCAUUGACUCAACCUUGCUUGGAGGCAAGAUAAGAAAUGAGGAGGCAAUGAAUUCUUAAGGAGCCUCUGUGUACAGGCAUGAAAGCCAUAGGGACCAUUUGAGAGAGGGCAGAAAGUUAAUAAAACUGCUAGCUAGCCAGGUUACACAGUAACCAUUGACUGCCUUUGGUACAUACAGUAGUCAGAAACUUAGCAUACCUUCCAUUUUAAAACUGGAAAAAGAUUAUAAUAUUACAAUUGUGCUCAUUUGCUAACCAUUAAUUAUUAUAUGGGUAAACCUUAAUAAAAACUGUAAGAUUGCUUACAUUUUCAUCAUCUUUUUACGAUGCUAAAUGUUGGCAAUGAACAGAAACAUACUAGUCUAAGCUACUAAAAACGGAUACUAAAAAAAUGUAAUAAUUAUAAAUAAUCUAAAGUGAAAAUUUCCAAAGAUGUGGGCAAUUAUAUGGUAAUUUCAUGGAAUCUUCCACAAUCAAAGGCAAUACAAGCCAAACACAUGGUCUAAAAGAUGCAUCCAGAAAUGACUAGUAUUUGCACUUUUUUCAUUCUUUGUUGUCGAACAUAAUUAUGACAUUGUUUUUUCAUCACAUUGAACUUGUCAUUUGGCUCGCACACCUCUUUUCUUCUAUAGAGAGAUGGUCCCCUAACAGUAAUGAAAAAAGAUAACGACUAUUGGUGCUAUGCAAGAUCAAGUAAUUAUUACCAGUUGUCAGACAGGCAGGAAACAUUUGCCAAGAUAAAGUGAAUGCUAGUGAAAAAGGGGUUUCUAUAUGAGUGGUUACGUUGUGCGAUUGGUUCAAGUGGUGAAUGUGAUAUGUUUGAGUAAUAUAAAGUGAAGACUCAUAUGAGUCGUACAUGUAUCACUUGCCAGGGCCUUCCUCUCAAUAACUUUGCUCCCAAAUUCUUAGUGUCUCGAAUGAGAUGCUAUUUCACCAGUUGCAUGACUUGUACAAGUCGUACCACUUGACAGGACCCCCCUUUCAACAACUUUGCUCAUAAAUUCUAAGUGUCUCUAAUAAGAUGUGAGUCCAUCAAUUGCAUGUGCAAAUGAGUUGCAGUUUGACAAUGUGAUACCUCAUAUUAGUAAAAACUGAAUCAGUGUAGGAUAAUGCAAUUUUAGAGUUUGGAUUAGCUUAGCCAUCAUGGUAUAUGAGCCAUUAUACCAGGCUCUCUAAAUAAUUAUGGUAACUGUACGGAUCUGCUCAAAAAUUAAAAACAAGCUGAAAAUCAGUUGUUUUUACAAAUGAAGUCACGAAAAAUUUGCAAUAUUUUGCGGGUGUUUUGAAUAAAACAAUAAUAUUAUUCCACCUGCACUUGUUGGAUAUAAGAUGGUUAUGGCCAACUCGGCGCUAUGUGCCUCAUUGGCUAUCUAACAUCUCAUAUCCAAUGCACACUCAUGGAAUUAUCAGUCUGAAAUAUCACCCAUUUACCACCUGUACUAAUCACAUGAAUUCAAAGGGUAAUCUCACCACUUUAUCACUUGUACAAGUUGAAACACACACAACAUGACUUUCUCGACUGAAUAAGUGGUGAGUUUUUGGACAAUCCUUGUACCUUGCAAAGUUUAGGGAAUAAGCUUCACCCCCCUCCUAAAAAAAAACAAAGAAAGAAUAAUCACUUGGGGUGGAUUCAAAGCUGGGAUUGCUGGCAUGCAAGGCCAAUGUUAGUCUGCAAGCCCAUGAAGAACUACAUUGAGCCCAAUAAUAAGAGCAAAUCAGAAUUACACAGUUUUCUUAUUGGGGUUGAAACAGUUGGUCUUUAGACAUUGUUUGAUAUAAAUUUGUCCGUGUCGGAAAAAAUCCUGCAUGCUCUCAGACAUGAGGACUAGACAGAUCAAAUAUUAAAGAUUAUCAUUCUGAAGCUGAAUAUUUGAAAACCACAUUAUAAAGGAAUACAACUCAUCCUAUGCGAGGCAGAGUUUCUGGCUUGUCCAACUACAAUUUAUUGUGGCUUGGUCGGAAAUAUGUCCAAGAGUGCAAUGAUGUUGUUACGAGCACAACUUCGAUUUUCAACUUUUUCUUGUUCUUUAAGAAACAAAAAUUAUUUACCACUCUGGUUUAUGGGGAAAUGUGAUAUUCGCAAGGAUAACAACAGACUUGUGCUUUCUUUGUCAUUUCAGACUUAUACAGACCAUGCUUGUAUUGACUGCUGUAUGCUGUUGGUUAUUGUAUCCUUUCAUAUUUUUAGGUUCAUGUUACAUAUAAUAGAAUGCUUCAUGAAAGGUUCCUGCAUUGAGUAUUAUUUAUACACAAGUUGGUGACAUUACAAAUCACAAUGAUGAAUGAAAUGUUGAGGUGAAAUGUUGGUGACAGCUGUGUAAGUGGCCUGGCUUUGCUAACUACUGUUACAGUAGGACUUUUUUUCCUUAACUUGAAUGUAAGCUGGGUUUGUGCUUAUUUCUGUCAACUUAAUCCUCUUAUUGGACCAGAACUGUCAUUAGAAGCACUAAAGGCAGCUGUGAAGGAAUGGGGAGGCAGAACUGUGUAGGAAAAUAUUUCAAUCGUGUAACAGAAAAAGUAAGUACAUGACUUUUGCACUUUAGUUCACUAAAUUAGCAUCCUUGUAUAGGGUAACAGAGGAUAUUGAAGGGGAUUUUGAAUACAACCAUCUGCAGCCUUGCAAGUCCACUGAGUUUCAGUACACGUGACUGUGGUCCUGAUCGGCAUUGUUAAUGACAAUGACUGAUGAUGUUGCAGCCACCUUCGACCCAGUCCACCUUUAUGAAUCUAGUCUGGAUGACCAGAUUAAGUUAAGCCUUUAAGCCCCAGUAUCCAUGUGCAAAUUCUCCAGAAUAUAUAUUUUCUGAAAGGAUUUGUUAAGAGAAUUUAAUAUGUGAUCAAAGCAUUUUGCUGCACCAUGGUAUUUUGUAGAAUGCUGAAUGACUCUGAAGUUUAGUGAUCAGGGUUAGGAAACUGAGUGAUUCAGGUUCCAUUUAGAGUCAUUAUGCUGGGAAAACCGACCUGAAACUUGAUUCACCCAGUUUUCUAACCCUAAUCGAUCGAUAAACUUCAGGAGUCAUUCAGCAUUGGCGUUCGGCAUUCUGCAAAAUACCCUUUUAUGCUGAUUUUCCCAUUGAUUUUUUCCUGUUAAUUUUAUUAAUUCUCGUCACAUUUUCUCUUGAUAAUGUAUGGAUAAUGUUGGGAGCAAAUUCAUUUUGGUCACUUGUGGGACUUAAAAAAAGUUUAAAAAACUGUAGGAGACCAUUGACGUACAUUUAGUGGCAUGUAAGAAGAUUUCCUACCCCAACCAACCAUAACAUGUGGCAUCGUGGGGUUUUGUACAGGUAGCACACAUGUUUAUAACUUGAUUGAGCUCCUUGGGUUGCACAUGUGUUUAUACUUAAUCUUGGACCUCUCAGACCUCUGUCAGACCGCACAGUUUCUUUUGUCUGUUCGUUAUUACUGUGAAACUUGGGUCUCAGAAAUACCAGAAAUAUUUCUGGAAUGUUAUUGUGUUGCAAGGAAAAAGCCAAUUAGGAGUGGGAAACUCUUUAAACCACAAGCAUCAAUGGUGAUUAGUAUUUUGUUGCUUGCUCACAUGUUCUGAUCUAUUUUUUAAUAUUGAUACACUAUAGCACAUUCAAUAAGCAAUCAUGAAAUAUUCCAGUUGUUCAUGGAUGUCUAAGUUUGGCAGUAAUGUAAAUAGGGGUAUAUAAUAAACAAUUAUUGGAUGAGAUUGAGCAUGAUAUCAUGAAUUAUCAAAACCGAGGUCUGUGUUAUCUGCCGAAGCCGAAGGCUGAGGCAGAUAAUAGAGACACGAGGUUUUGAUAAUCCAUGAUAUCAUGCGAAAACCGAAUUCAAUAAUUGUUUUAUUAUACAUUUUUUAAGCAAUAGGCAAAAGAAGACCAUUCAGCCAUUCUGUUUCUGAGGAGAACACUCCAAGGGGCUUGGUAACCAGGCAGACGUUGAACUUGAUAUGAUAAAUGCAAUAUCUGCAGCAGAUACUGCAUUUAUCAUGUCAAGUUCACAAGCUAUUGUGAAUUGAUUGAAUGCUCUCGACCAAUCAGAUUUUUCAUAGUGAGUCUGAUGUACAAUAAUAUUAUUUAAAACAUUACCUUUUGCUUAUGAUGACAGUUUUUUACUGUUAUGUUUCUCUUUCUGCAGGAAGGAUACUGAAAUAUGGAUUACACAUGUAAAUUCUCUAAAUUAUCAUUGGCACAGACAGCUGAAAAAUGAGUAGUCAAGUGUAAUAAUUAAUAUGACCCACAUAUUGUUAUUACUUCUGUCAGCAAGUAGCAGCAAUACUUUGCCUACCCUGCAAGCAGUGGUUUCUCACUUGAAGCCAUUAAGACAGACAAGCCACAGGAAUGACUUCGUAAAUGCUUUAAAAAGCCAUGCAAGUGAGAAACCUCUGCUCGCAGCGUAUUCUUUGCCUAAUUUUCAUGUCUUACGGAAUCAUACUUGACUUGUUAUGCAAUCU